AGUCUUGCCUCCCAGUUUUUGUUGGGGCUUGGGAGAGAAAACCAUCCCGCACAAGUAGCGAGGUGGGGGGAAAAAAAAAACACACGGCAAGUUCCUGAAGCAUGGGAGUAGACGAGGUCGCUUUUUGACCGUGUACAAUGCAAGCGGACGUACUUCCACUGUGAACUUGUGCGAGUGCUUUGUGUGUACCGCAAGGCCCCGCUCCGCAGGCUGCGACCCGCAACUGUUUCACCGCUGACCACUCAAACCGACUGGGUCAAGAUCCUGUGAAGGUAUGGUAGUGUAACCCCCUCCCCCCUCUCCCUCCUCCUCGUCCCCCAUCAUGCUGAGUUUCCUGCGCAGGACGCUGGGCCGACGCUCCAUCCGGAAACAUGCCGAGAAGGCCCGUUUGCGGGAGGCCCAGCGCGCCACCACACACAUCCCUGCCGCUGGGGAUGCCAAGUCCAUCAUCACCUGCCGUGUAUCCCUACUGGACGGGACAGACGUCAGUGUUGACCUGCCGAAAAAAGCCAAAGGUGAAGAGCUGUUUGACCAGAUCAUGUACCAUCUGGACAUCGUAGAGAAAGACUACUUUGGCCUGCGCUUCAUGGACUCGGCACAAGUCCCGCACUGGCUUGAUGUUACAAAAAGCAUCAAAAAACAGGUCAAAAUUGGCCCACCAUACUGCCUUCACAUGAGAGUCAAGUUCUAUUCCUCAGAGCCCAACAACCUGCACGAAGAGCUCACCAGAUACCUAUUUGUAUUACAGUUAAAGCAAGACAUCCUCAGUGGCAAGCUAGAGUGUCCAUUUGAGACAGCGGUGGAGCUGGCUGCCUUCUCAUUACAGGCUGAGCUAGGUGACUGUGACCCAGCGGAGCAUGGUUUGGACCUGGUGUCAGAGUUUCGCUUCAUCCCCAACCAGACAGAGGACAUGGAGCUGGCGAUAUACAACAAAUGGAAGGAAUGCAGAGGUCAGAUGCCAGCCCAGGCUGAGAUUAAUUACCUGAACAAGGCCAAAUGGCUGGAGAUGUACGGGGUCGACAUGCACAUGGUCAAGGCCAGAGAUGGAAAUGAGUACAGUUUGGGUCUGACCCCCACUGGAGUUCUAGUAUUUGAAGGAGAAACCAAGAUUGGACUUUUCUUCUGGCCCAAGAUCACCCGUCUGGACUUCAAGAAGAGCAAGCUUACUCUUGUGGUAGUGGAGGAUGACGAACAGGGAAAAGAGCAGGAGCACACCUUUGUCUUCAGGAUGGACCACCCCAAGGCCUGUAAACACCUGUGGAAGUGUGCUGUUGAGCACCAUGCUUUCUUUAGGCUGAGAGGGCCUGUGCAGAAGAACUCCACACGCUCCAGCUUCAUACGUAUGGGCUCGCGCUUCAGAUACAGUGGGAAGACAGAGUAUCAGACAACCAAGGCCAAUAAAGCACGGCGGUCGGCGUCCUUCGAGAGGAGACCCAGUCGACGUUACUCCAGAAGAACCACACAGAACAGAGGGCCAUUCAAACCCCAGGAGGUUCUCUCCUCAGGCAGUUCACAAAACAACGGAGUCAGCCCCAGCAAAGACACUAAGCUUCCUGCCAGUAGAGGUGCCUGGACCGGCCUCCCUGUGGUCAGCCCGGUCCCUGCCUCUGUUUGUGGACCAAUGGAAAUUGAGGCUCUGCCCCGGAGUCCAGGGGGAGAAAAGAGGAGUAUGCCCAUGGUGGCUGACCUGCUGGAGACCUGCAUUGAUGAUGUCAUCCGAACUCCUGUUGUUCCCAUGGUGACAGCGACAGAAGAGGCGGGGCCAAGCGGCGCCCACUCCACCUCCAGUAUCAAUGGGGAUGAAGGGCUAUCGCUCAGUGAAGUGGCAGCUCGUCUGAAACAGCUGGAGUUGGAGAGCAAUCCUCUCCCUGCUCCAAGAAACAACAUCAAUGUCAACAUGGCCAUGAACAAUCAGGAGGAGGAUGUGGUGAAGCUGACAGAAAAAUGUGGUCUGAGCAGUGUGGGCAGCAGUCCAGUUGUCACUCCACUACGCCCCCCAGAGGAUCUGAAGAGCAACAUCCUCAAAGCCCAGGUGGAGGCUGCUGCCCUGAAGGGUUCCUUGGAGGAACAUGCAGUCAUGGUGGGAGAUAAAAACUGUAACCAGCAGGAGGCUGCUGCAAGGUUGAAGGUGCGUACUGGGCGUAUGGGCAGUAACUCGUCUCUCACUACGAGCAGUCGCACCGACAAACAAGACUCCUGGGACUUGCUGAAGCCAACCACGCUGGUCUCAUCAGCUGGGACCAGCGUCGAGAUGCUUGCUCAAGAUCUGAUCCCCUCUGCUUCCAAGAUGCCCUGUGAGUCUGCUAGUGAAGGCAUGGCACCAAAGGUGAAAGCAGAGGAGGUGGACCUGCACACGACUGCCCCGCUGUCCGACAACCUGAUCGACUUCACUGACCCAACUCCUGUGUUACCUCCAGUGCAGCAGCCCAAACCGGUCAUCACACCUCGCUGGAUCAUUCCUACCACUGCUCCUCCUGGUGUCUUUACUAACGGCCUGCUCGACCUUGACCCCCCUGCUAAGGUCACCCCUCGUCUCCCUGCAGAUGGGGGGGCAGCUCUCCCCCCAGCCCACCCCCACCUCUCUCACACCCAUAACAUCAUCGCCACCAGCAUUGUGGGUCCUCAGCCAGCCUCGGAAGAUGGAGCCAAACCCAGAGGUCUCCUGACCACUGAGCUCUGAGGAGGAGCGAGCAGCAGCCAUCUCAACACCAGCUUCCCUUACAACCAGCCCCACCUCACACUGUCACCCACCCUUUCCAGCUCUGCUCAAGCAAAGUGGCCAGGGUGAGCUGAGGAAUGCAGAACCACGGAAGAGGCAACUCGCGAGUACUCACAACCACAAAUUUCACUUUGCCCUUCAGGACUAGCCUUUCAGUUCCAUCGUGAAUGAACCGCUAGAUGUUACCUGAAUGUCCCUAACAAAAAACAUAGCUAGUUGUUGUUCCUGUGAUCUUGAAUUGUUCAGUCCUGAUUUGUUACAUGGACUAACGUUUCAAAAAACAGUGAAAAACAGUCCGGCUAAUCUGUGGCAUCUCCAUGUAGCACUUUUUUGGGGUUGCAGUGUUGAAGGUAAACAGGAGACUGAGAAAAUUGAGUAUGGACAGAUACAUCGUGGGUAAAUGGGUACAGUUUGUCUGUUAGAGUGGUUAACCAUAGCUUGAUUUAAAAAAAAAAAAAAAAAAAAAAACUCAGUUCAAACAAACCUUUAAUUCCGUAAAGCACCCUGCCAUUGCUCCAGAGUGCAUUGACUUUGAGAGGGAUGUUCAUGAGCUGAAUUAAACUUUGCUAGAUUGUAAGAAUAACACCUAACUUGCUUUAUCAGUGUAGGAGUUCGUUUUAGCUCUCCGCCAGCCUGAUCAGUGGUUUGGUUUCCCCCAUUCACACUGUGUCCACUAUUUCCAGAACGUCUCCUUGCUGCAACAUGACAACAGUCUCAGUGCCCUGCUUCACUUGUGCUACAGAGGUCAAGCUGGGUCACACAUACUACAAAUGCAUGUUAUCCUGGUACUGUAGGGUAAUUUGGGUGAAAGCACACAUCAGUUCAUCAGUGUGCUUAUGGAUGGGUUGUCUCUUCUCGUUUUGCAUUCCACGCUGGACAUAAAGUUUCCUUUUAGUCAGCACCAGCUUCAGAGAAAAGUUCCUCUUUGUCUUUUCUUUGUUUUGUUUGAUUUGGGUUGUGCUCUUUUAUCGCUGAUAAUGUGUACCACUGGAUUUCUGCUACUCUGAGCUGUUUUUCUGUACAGUCACAGAUCACACUGCCUGUAGAGUUGCUGAAUAGUUGCUGAAUAACACUGGAUGAAGGACUGAAAAGGCUGUACAAAGAGAAACUGCUAAAAGGAAGAAAAUGACUUCAAGUGUCAGUUCUAAGAAGUGACACAUUCAAUGUUAGACUCUUGAGAUAAUGAACCUCUUGUGGAUAUGGCAUUGUACACUUCUUGUAGCACACUACAAACUAUUUUUAUAGACCGCCAGUACACACUCAUGCAUCCUCUGAGAGUAGACCUGAUUGCAGUCACUGGAUACGGACAUUUUAUUUUUUGCAUUUUAUCUAUGAAGACUCACUGGAUUGACAUUGCAACACUGGACCUUGAGAUGAACUCUUUCAGUAGGAUGAUGAUAGCGAUGACCACUUUAGUUUCUACUGACAUUUUUACUGUUCUAUUCUUACUUUUUUGUCUUUUUUAUGUUUUUACUUGCCCGUGUGUUCAUACAUCUUGGUACCAGCGUCAUGAAGGAUUGAAUACCAGCACUGAAAGUUACUUUUGUGAUUGUUUUUUUUUUUUUUUUUUUUUUAUCUGUCUCUGUUUCACUGUUUUUUCUGAAUGUCAGUAUGGCUUGGAGUCAAGCAUGACUGAACAAUAACAUGAGUUUUUAGCCAAGGGAACCAACCAGUACUGAUGUAUCUAAAAUGUGACCUAUUCCCUGCUCUCAGUUGAAACAACUGCUUUCCUUUGCGGAAGCUUUGUAUACCCAUCCUAAUUUAAAUUCAUUAGGGAAUGUAAAGUGAAAGCAAUCUGUUAUCAGACCUAGGUCAGCUGCUAUUAAAUGCCCUUCCACUCUGAGCAUUUGCUCUAGUCUGCCAGGAGUACAGGUGGACAUUGUUUGCUUUUUUUUUUUUUUUCUUGGAUAAUUUGAUUGGGUGCAUGGGUAGAUGUUGGAUAGCAAUAUGACACUAAUAUAAAAAUGGCUCCUGCGAUGUCAUGUUGUAGUUAAUACCCUGCCUUAUUGAGAUGAAUGUACUCAAAUUCUCUCAUCUGAGAAUGCUGGAGAUGCCACUGUAAGGCAGUAUCACUAUGAAUUACAAGUCUGUUGUUCAUGUUACAUCAACUAGGGAUUAUAUGUUUUAUAACUGGAGAAAAGCACACUUAACAUAGCUUAAGAGCUGGUUUUUCAGACAAAAUUGGGGCCCUAGUUCAAGAUUUUCUUAGCAUUUUCUCUUUCAGAAAAUAAUCUUGGGUAUUUCAGCCAUCACCUCAUGAGUCAGUCCCAUUUUAAACACCAUGUCCGGACUCUCAGUCAAGUUAUAUGAUAUACUGAAUAAGGGAAACUGACACUUUUACAAUGUCUCCUUCAUGUGCAGUGUCCUCUUCUUUGUUCUUAUGUGGUUUAAAAGUGUUUUAGAUAAGAGUCAGUGUAUUCUCAGUAUAAUGGCAUUUGAAGUAGUUACAUAUAUAUUUUUGAAAAUGAAGAUGGCAGUAUUGGUACCACAGGCGGAACAGAAUUCAUUGCCGAGGUGUUUUGUAGUCACAACACAGCGGUGGAAGACGUACCGCUGAUCAAACCGGCCGUGUCAGCUGGCCUGAAAGACUCUGAGAGGAGCAGCGGAACAUCUGUUUUUGUGAUGUCUCGAAUGCAACUUUGUGUAAUCUUUUAUUUUUUCUGGGAUACCUAAUCACCACUCAGUAAAGCUUUGUUAGUAGAUAUUUUUGUGUGUGUUCGCCAUAUGGCUAAUGUCAAACUGAUUUGACUGGAUGGAACAUAAUCUGUGAUUUCAGCUGGAUUUACUCAAGACCAGGGACUUCGAUUUCAAACUCAAUGAGGACCGAACGUUGCUUUUGCCGUACUAGAUCACCUGAAGGAAAAUAAACCUCAAAACUCCUGUCCUUGUGUAAAUCCAAAUCCAAUUUGUCUGUGAUAAGGAAGUACAUGUUAUGUCUGCAUCUGAAAUGUAGUGAUAGCAACCGUAUGCUGAGAGCUCUGUGUAUUCAGAAUAUUUUUUUAAAGCGCUAUAUCUGAGUUAAUUUACUAGUGUAACCAUAACUCAUUUAAGAAGAACUUAAGUAACACAGUAAGUGCAAUUUUUUUUCUUCUUUUUUUUUUUUUUUUUUUUGCUGUAGCUCUCAGAUGGUGUUAAUUUAUUCCUAUUUUUUGUAAGAGCACCCUUUAUCUACCUUAAUUAUGAAGGAAAAAACUCACCUUUACAACAAGAGUUUGCAUGUAUACCUAGCUUUAGUUAGUAAUGAUGCAUUAGUUUAAAAUGGGGGCAGGGUCUAAGCUCGGAGAAAAUGAUGAUCCCAGUUUGCGAUGUCGUAAAACUGAACUGCAGAUUGAACAGGACGCUGACGGUGCCCAGUGUGGUUUUGUUUCAUAUGGUUACUUUCUCUGGCUUAGGACUACUUGACACCUUUUAAAUCGUGAGUCUGAUGUUAAAACCUCCGUCACUCUGUUAGUCUACAAAGUCAACCUCUCAUUAAUUAUUUAUGGUGCAGCUCCACAAAGCAUCUUUUUAUCACAGACUAGGGUCCAGCUUCUUUGGCUCUGGUUUUGGAAAAGUCUUGCUCACAACUGCUGGGCUCUCCACGACCAGAGUAAUAAAGUGUGAAUUGGUUAAGGGUGUAUUUUCCCUGUAUGCUGUAGAGGGCACAAUACUGUUAGUUACCGUCACAACACAGACUUGUUAUACUGUAUAUGUACAUUUCCUUUCCAGCAAUGUGUAGAAUGGAUUUAAGAUACAUAUUUUGUACAAUGUAGUAAAUUCUAUGAGUAAAAGUCUUGG